UUUCAGAUCGACGACGUCAGGAAUCCCAAAGGUCGAGACAAGGCCAUCGUCAUCCCGGCUCACACUACCAUCGCCUUCAGCAUCUGCGAGCUGUUUGUCCGACUGGACGGGCGACUGGAUAUUUGUGUAGCCCCGGAGUCUCAGGGUGGGUUUGAGCGGGAGCAGAUCCGGGAGCAGCUCGGUGGUUACAUUGGUCACUUCUCGAUGGGUCGUCUUCGCCGCUUCCUGUCUGGAAUAAUCUAUGGAAGCCCUUUUAGAGCAGAUAACCAAACGUUUGAGGAGCUAACCCACUCUGACACAUACAUUGAUGACAUGGUUACAGACUACUAUGAGAAAUCUGCCAGCAUGACGGACGUGUCCACUGCCUACCUGAGAGAAAGCAACCACACACGGGUCAACCUCCUCAAACACAACAUCCCCAAGGGGCCCUGCGCGCUCUGCGGCAUGGGACCCCAGCGGCGGGAAACCGUGUACGGCUGUCUGGAGUGCACGACCGGCGGACAGAAAUACGUCCGGCUGCACGUGGUGCCCUGUUUCGAUCUGUGGCACAAAACGCUGAGGUGA